UGAGGAUCUUCCGUUGUGGUGACAACGCAGCACUGAUCGUGGAUCUUUAGAUCCUUGUGAAGUUUAAUAUUCAGUCCGCUUGACCAGAUUUUGACCGCAUCCGUCGUGGCCGUGGGGGGUUGUUCGAUUGAAUUUUAAAAACUUUCUAAAAGAAUCACCCGUUGCGAGACCAUAAUACCGAGGCGAAAAGAAAGAAUCACAUUGGCUGGUGAGUUUUCAGAAAGGACAGCGAGCGUACUAAAUGGGUUUCAAUUUCUGGACUGCUUAUUGGAUUACCGUAAAUUGAAUCCGGGAGACUGUGAACGUAAAGUAAGUGAGAGACGAUGCCGCUGCUGGGACAGCUGAAAAUGUUACAUAAUUGUGAAAAAUGAGUGGGUUUCGAGACAAAAAGUGAUUUUUUGUGCUGCUGAUCACCAAGUUCUGAUAGUGGUUUUAGCUUCGGUGUGAGGGCGAGUGGUGUGACAAAAAUCUCGAUAAAGAGCGCUUUUGCGGUGUGUAAACUAAAAUAGAUUUUGGCUGGGGUGAAAGUGAUUGUGACAAAAGGAUUUAAUCUGAUUAGUGUUCGGUGGAAACAGUUAGCCCGUGAACAGCGGACAUCAUGGAUGCCAGGAUAAGAGGAUUGCUGCUGCUCAUUUGUUGUGUGGAAUUUGUUCGAUCGGAAGCGAUCGCUAUUGAGCAAAUACUGUCUCUCUGCUGCCAGGAAGGUGAGGAAUGGGGCACCCAAAACAGACUAUGUUCCAGCUUUAACAACACCCUGGAAAUAGUGCCAGGAGAGCUGCGAGGCCUGUGCCUAUCGACGGUGGAAAUCUGCUGCUCAAAGCAGCACAAGAUCUACCAAUGUACAGCGGGCCAGAUUGCCGCCCGGCAGGGCCUCAGCUGUUCCCUCAAAGGUGAACACACGGGUUCGGAGUUCUACACGGACUGCUGCGAAGCUUGCAAAAUCGGGCUGGUGGUGGCGUCGACUUCGAGUAAGUGCUCCGUGGAGCCCUUCGCCUUCGGCAGUCCGUGGGAUGAAGUGUACGAUGGAUGCUGUAAGGAUAUCAAACAGGGAGAGGACACGUUCAUUCUGAACGAGGAGGAUGAAAACAAUCUUUGUGGCCGCUUUGAAAAUUUAUGCUCGCAAAUUUGUGAAAAUACGGAAGCAGGUUCGUACAUGUGCCGUUGCCAUCCUGGAUACACUCUACUUGAUGAUCGAAAAACCUGCGUCCAAAUUACCUCAGAAGAUGAAAAUGAAAUUUCUACCGAAGAUGCCGGUAGUUCUGACUGUCGCCGAGGCUACGAGAAAGACCAACGUACAGGUGAGUGCGUUGAUGUGGACGAGUGUGAAACCGGGGAAGCCACAUGCGAUUCGAGCAAUCAGGUCUGUAUGAACGUCGAGGGCGCCUAUCGAUGUCUGGACAUUAAGGAGGUCAAGUGUGAUCCUGGCUAUCGGUACAGUCGCAAAGUAGGAAAAUGUGAAGAUAUAAAUGAAUGCUUAGAGCAAACUGAUAAUUGCAAUAGGGAAAGUCAGCACUGCUUGAACGGGCGCGGAAACUAUACUUGCCAGAACAAGGCGGUGGAGAGGUGCCUGCCGGGCUUCAUCUAUGACAGUGCCAGCAAGGCAUGUGAAGAUAUCGAUGAGUGCGAGGACCAAGCUGCCUGCGAUGAGGGUUUCCAGUGUGUCAACAUAAAAGGAUCAUAUGACUGUAUUGCUGUGGUGAAAAACUAUCCACUUCCACCGAAGAAAAAAGUGGAACCAUGUGCACCUGGUUUUCGCCGGCAUAAUGAACAGUGCGUCGAUAUUGAUGAAUGUACUGCUGAUAAGUAUGCCUGUGAUAGCAACCAGGUGUGUACCAACGAGAUCGGUGGUUUUCGGUGCGACUGCAAAAUUGGCUUCAUGCUUGAUCAGGUCACGAACGCGUGCGUGGAUAUAAACGAGUGUCAAAUAAAUGCACACGAAUGCCUCCAAAGCCAACGAUGCGAUAAUACGAUUGGAUCCUAUACGUGCAUUCGGUUGCAAAGCUGCGGCACGGGCUACACCCUGAAUGCCGAAACCGGAAACUGUGACGAUGAUGACGAAUGUGCUCUUGGGCGGCACAAUUGCAUGCCACCGUACGAGUGCUUCAAUACCAAAGGUUCCUUCCGCUGUCGGCAGAGGUCAAGGUAUGCACCGAGUUUUAGUAGACCCUCUGGUACUUCCACUAGCACCAGUACCAGCACCACAACUACCACUACAACUACUCGCCCUGUUUAUUACACGCAAACGAACAGGAUUACGCCUCAAUCCCCGUACGAAACAAACAAUCGGCCGGUCGAAUACAACCGGUACCUCGGGUCAUGUGGCAUUGGAUUUGAGAGGAAUGCCCUCGGGGCAUGUGUUGACAUCGACGAAUGUACGCGAGACAACGCUUGCCGAUCUAAUCAAAGGUGUGUUAAUGGAAAUGGUUCUUAUCGAUGUUACGAAGUGUUGGUAUGUCCAACUGGAUUUGUCGCUAAUCACGAUGCAACGGAGUGCUUAGAUGUGGACGAGUGCAACACCGGCGAGGCCAAGUGCGGACCGGACCAGAUAUGCAAAAACAAACGUGGCGGAUACGUCUGCCUUUGUCCGUCGGGCUACGUAAUCGGUCGGAACCACCGGUGCGAGGAUAUCAACGAGUGCGACCUGCACAAGGGCAAGGUGUGUCCGCACAACUCCGAGUGCAUCAAUACGCUCGGCUCGUACAGGUGUGACUGCAAAGCCGGCUUCAAGAAAAACCGCCCCGAAGAUAUGGUCUGCACGGAUGUGGACGAGUGCAGCGAAAUACCCGGCCUUUGCCAUCAACGGUGUAUCAAUUACUACGGAUCGUACCGGUGCGGCUGCGAACCGGGCUUCAAACUUGCAGCCAACAAUCGCACCUGCGAGGACGUGGACGAGUGCGUCGAGUACAAAUCGAACAAUUUAUGCGUGGGGAUAUGCGAGAACAACCCCGGCUCGUACGGAUGCCGCUGUCCGCAGGGGUAUCGAUUAGGACAGGAUGGGCGUAGUUGUAUCGAUAUCGACGAAUGCGAAACGAGAGACGUUUGUAAUGCCCGCAAUGAAAUAUGCACCAACAUUCGGGGCAGCUUCCGUUGUACUCGCAUCGAUUGUCCUUAUGAAUAUGAAAUCGACCCCGACAGGAACAAUCGCUGCCGCCGGACCACCCGAUACUGCCAACCGGACGACGUAGAAUGUCUGAGGAAACCGUCGUCGUACUCGUACAACUUCAUAACUCUGACAUCGAACAUGCCGGUGCCACCCACGGGACGGGCGUUGUUCAAUUUGCGGGGACCCGCCUGGUACGAGUCAAUCGACUUUGAUAUGAAACUGAUCCACGUCGAUGCACCGGCCAACGUACGCCCGGCGGACGAGGGAUUUUUUAGCUUGAACAAACUGUCGAACGAAGUGCUGCUGAACCUGGUCAGAAGCAUAGAAGGGCCGCAGGAUAUUGAGGUGGAGUUGAGCAUGACGGUGUUCAAAGGCGGACAACCGUUCGGGUCGAACAUCGCCAAGCUGUUUCUGUUGAUAUCAGCGCAUGAAUUUUAAUGCACCCAAAGGUGAGGAAGCUCGUCGAGUUUUUUUUUGUGUUUGGCUUUUCCUGUGGAACUCAUCCGUUUUAGAUUUUACUCUAUUUUAUGAAUAUACAUCUCUGGUAAUCUCA